UCAAUUGCUGCUUUGUCUGAUGCUCCUGGAGAAACUUCCCGCUGCCUUUGUCAACAGCUGCCGGAGUCCCAACGUGUGCAACUUCGUCUGUGACUGCUGGGACUGUUCGGAUGAAAACCAGUGUGGUUAUGAGAAGGGGCCCCCCGUCCUGGAAGCUCGGUUCACCUGCAACUUUGAAGGCAGCACCUGUGGCUGGAGGGACGUGAGCACCACAGCUUACCAGUGGGUCCCCGCCCAAGCCAGCAUCAAAACCUGGGGGGCGGAACCCCCUUUUGACCACACCCUGGGGACCGAUUUGGGCUGGUACAUGACCACCACGAAGCAGAGGGGGAAGCCAUCGGCCACGGCCCGGCUCAGGUCCCCGCUGCUGAGGGAGGCCGCGGCUGCCUGCGAGAUCCGAGCUUGGUAUCACUUGUGGGGACCAGGACUCAGCGAGACCCAGGUCCCGGCUUUGACUUUGGAGAUGAGCCACGGAAACAACACUGUGACGCUGUGGCGGAAUCCCGAGGGCAGCGUCUACCCCUGGCGGGAGCUCAUUGCCUUCACGGGCCGGAUCCGGGGGACGUUUCAGCUCACCUUCUCCUUGACCCAGGCCUUCUCGGAGACGAUCCACGUGGCCCUUGACGACGUGCAGUUCCGGGACUGCGGCCUCCCACGUCCCUGGAGCUGCGGGCAGCAUGAGCACCCCUGCCAACAGGGUGGAUGCAUCGCCGUAGACCGGCUGUGCGAUGGGACGGAGGACUGUGGUGAUGGGAUGGAUGAGACCCACUGCGAUUUGUUCCACAUCUGUCCUUUCGAGGACGGGUGGUGCGGCUGGGCAGCUGAGCCCCAGGGCCUCCCCUGGGUGAGGAACUCCAGCCGGCAGCUGACUCCGUCUCACGCUCGGCCCACACGGGAUCACAGCACCAACACCCAAGAAGGUCACUUCAUCUUCGUCAACAACGGUCCCCUGGAUUUACGAGGGGGGAAAGCGCGGUUGGUCAGCUCGACUCUGGUAGUCAAUAGCACCGGGGGCCCCUGCUAUCUGAUUCUCUACAUCCACCUGUACGGCUCGAAUGCCAACAGCCUGAACAUCUAUUACCGCACGGAAGGAAAUGUCACCCGGCUGGUCAGGAGCCGUUCCGGAGACCUGGACGACUUCUGGUUCCGGGAGAAAGCAGACUUCAGUGUGGCAGGGAAGUUCCAGAUUAUUAUCGAGGGGGUGAUCGGAACGGGACAUAAAGGGAACAUCGCCCUAGAUGACUUGAUUCUGUCUCCCGGGUGCAUCAAGCAUGCAGAUCCAUUUCCUGUCGCCCCCCAGCCAGACCCUCCUGUCCUCUGCAGCCCAGAGCAUUUUGCAUGUGAGACCAGCAAGGAAUGCAUCGGUGCGGAGCUGGUCUGCAAUUUUCAUACCGAGUGUGACGACGGCUCUGACGAGUGGCACUGCGGAGCCACCACUUUCGCCAACAGCACCGGGGGAUGGAUGGACGUCAGCGUGGGGCGAGUGGAGUGGGUGGUCCAUAGAGAGGACACUCGGUUGAAUGCUCCUGCAGGCUUCUUCGGCCUUCAGAAAGCCCCAGGGCAGAUGUUUUCUCUGGCAAGGGCCACCACCCCUGUCUUGGGGCCUUCGGGCUUGGCCUGUGAUCUGGAGAUGGACUUCACCACUGGUCCUCAAGGGCUCCUGGGGUUUGCCGUCGCAGACGAGCUGCUGGGAACCCGCUGGGCGAUGUGGUACGCGCUGGGGAAUGGCUCUACCGAGUGGACGCGGACCAGACUGCCACUUGGUGCACGCAAGAGGCCGUUCCAGCUGGAGCUGCUGGCCCUGGAGGACCUCACAGGCACCGAAGAGCCCUUUCUUGCUGUCCGGAAUAUUUCCUUUGUGAACUGCAGUCCCAAUGCCUCUCUCAUGCUGCCCUCAGGGCUGUCCUGCAACUUCGAGGAGGACUGGUGUGGGUGGUUCAUGGAGCAGAACUACGGCUUUGAGUGGGAGCGGAGCACCAGCCAAGGCUGGGCCGAGGACCACACCACGGGCCAAGGAUCGUUCCUGUCUGUGAAUCCUGUUGCCUCCAGGUCUCAGGGGUUGAGCGCACGCCUCGCUUCUUCACCCCAGGAAGCUGCGGGGAACGUCUCCUGCCUUUCCUUCUGGUACCGCAUGGAUGGUCCGCAAAUCGGCACCCUGAACCUGAAAGUGAAAUGCGCUGGGGAACUGGAGCAGGUGCUUUGGACCAGAACGGGGAGCCAGGGUGCUGUGUGGCACCGCGGCGUCGCCACCAUCACACACCAGCCAGGAGGAAAUUACCAGGUGAGGGUGGUCUUUGAAGCUCUCCGAAAUGGCUUCCUGGGUGCCAUGGCUCUGGAUGACAUCACUGUGACACCCCAAGUCUGCCCAGCACAAAAGCACUGCUCCUUUGAGACCGACGGCUGUGGCUUUUCAGUGGAAAGGCAGGACAGCUGGGUCCGGCAGGACGGCCUUGCAGGCCAGGGUCCUCCGACAGACCACACCCUGGGCACACCUACAGGGCACUACAUGGUCAUCGGCACCAGCUCCAAGGCCCUGCCCUCUGGGCAAAAGGCUACCCUGCGGUCUCAAGCAUUUCUGCCUCUGCGCCAUGCGCAUUGUGUGACCUUCUGGUACCACCUGAGCAGCAGCGAUCCAGGAGUGUUGCACGCUUUUGUGGAAGAGGAGGGCGCACGGAGAGAAGGGCUGAGCAUCAGUGCCAUGCAAGGGAAAGGCUGGCAUUAUGGCAGCUUCAGUGUCCAGGUCCAGCAGGGAUGGCAGGUGGUGUUUGUGGCAGAAGGUGCCGGGGGUGGCAGUUCUUCCUACGUGGCGCUGGACGACUUCAGCGUGACGGACGGGGACUGUCCCAAAGCAGGAUCUUGUGGCUUUGAGUCCGGCCCCUGCGGCUGGAGCAAGCCCCAGGGUGACUGGAACAGCUGGGACUGGAAGGAAGGGGCCACACCCUCCCAGUCCACUUCCCCGAAGGAGGACCGCACCCUUGGGACGAAAGCAGGUCACUAUGCCUACGUCGACAUUGCCCUGUUGGGGAUGGGGAGGAACCCAGCCCGCCUGGCGAGUGAACCCCUGCCGGCUACCUCCAGUUCCUGCCUGCUGUUCCACUACCACAUGGAUUUCCUGGGGCAGAGCUCCCAAGCAGAGCUCAGGCUGAUCCUGUCCAGUGAGCUCGGGGAGCGAGUGGUGUGGAGUGCCGUGGGAGAUCAAGGCCGGGCCUGGAGGAACCAAACUCUCGCUGUGACGAGUCCUGCUGAAUUCCAGAUCGUCUUGGAAGCCUCGAGCGGAGCAUGGCCCAACUCGGAAACCAUCGCUGUGGACGACAUCUCGUAUGCAGCUGACUGCAAUUCCUCCACCGGGGGAGGCCAAGAGGGAGGUGGUGACUCCGGCUCCCACUCCAGCCAGAGGUCAGACGCAGGGCUGGUGGCCGGCCUUGUGUGCUCCAUCCUCCUGGCCAUCAUCGGAGCCUUCGCUGGCGUCUAUUGCCUGAAGAAGCGGCGAGGUGUGAGAGGAGGGGCCCUAGAGGACAGCACUACCAGCACCCAGGGAUUUGACAACAUCGCAUUCCGAGACGACAGAGUCAUAAUUCCCCCCAUGCCCCUCCAUGAAGAUAUCGAGUAGCUCACCCUCUUCACACAGACUACAUUGCUCCACCGAGGCACGCACUUUUCUAUGGCUGGCACAGCCAGGUCCUUGAGGAUGCCUUGUUACAAUUCCACUGGGCCCCUCUUUUUUGCCAAGCUGGUGUUUUUGGAGAAGUCAACUACCUCUGGGGUGUCAGGGCCCGCUACAGCUUGGACUGGCUCAUUUGUACCCAACAAAA